AAUGCCAGUGUACGGACCGACCCAUCACUUUGGCCAAGAUCAACAUUAAAAGCGUUGCGUGAUAAACGAAUGCUAACACAUGCGCUAUGCGAAGCGAAACAUCGACGAAAUAGAUUUAUAUAAAGCGCGUUCGAUACAACAAGUUCGUUUUGUUUGUUCGAACCGAUCGAAUGGCUAUCAUAAGUGUGUUCCUGUGGUCUGCGAUGGCGCUGCUCCUCGCGUACCGGUUCUAUCUACACAACAUUAAACGGCCCGCUAACUAUCCACCGGGACCACCACGGUUACCCAUUCUGGAAGACUACGGACUGCUGUUGCUACUCAACCAGCGACAUCUGCAUCGGGCCGCGUCAAAAAUUGCCAGCUUCUACAAAACCAAGGUGCUCGGUUUGUCACUGGCAGGCUAUCCAACGAUCAUCGUUCAGGAUCUCGACAUCGCUCGAAAGCUGUUGGCAAGGCGUGAGCUCGAUGGACGACCGGCCCUAUUUUUGGCCAAGUUGCGUCAGAAAGAGUUUAAACUGCGGGGUAUCAAUUUCAUUGAUGGCCCGAACUGGAAGGAUCAACGUUGGUUCUUCUUGCGGCAUCUACGCGAUUAUGGAUUCGGCAGACGCUCGGAACAGUACGAAAGGGAGGUGGAACAGGAACUACAGCAACUGGUGGAUGUUCUAACGUUUCGGCAACGAUAUGAUUAUGAGCGUGACUUCAUACAAGCAGGAGGAACCGUGAAGUGUCCGGAUGUGUUUUUGGUGACACUUACGAACAUAUUCCUGCAACUAGCAAUUGGUGAACGAUACGAUCGUGCGAGGGCCAACUCGUUGGUGCAAGCUGGCCGAAAUGGACUUCUAUUCCUACGGAAUGCCGAUGACUACGGAACCAUCUACAGCUAUUACCCCUGGCUACGGUUCAUAUUCCCGUUUACCAUCAAGUAUAACAAAAUUCGAGGUGGAAUAAUGGGGGCAUGUCAACUGAUAGAAACUAUUGUGAACAAACAGCUGCAAACGUUUGAUGCGAAUAAUCCUCGCCAUUUCGUCGAUGUGUAUCUGCGCGAGAUGCAAAACCAUUUCCCACAGGAUGAUGAAGUCACGUUUCAAUAUGACCAACUGGUACUUGGUCUGGUAGAUUUUCUCCUUCCCGCAACUUCCGGAACAGCCCUUCAACUAUCAAUGGUUCUCGAGCGAUUGCUGCUGAACCCUGAGGUUGCCAAACGAAUGCAACAGGAAAUCGAUGAGGUCGUGCAGAACGACCGGCUCCCAACGCUCAACGAUCGCACCAAUCUACCGUACACCGAGGCGACGCUUCGAGAGUGUCUGCGAAUAGAUACGCUAAUUCCCUCGGGAGUCGUGCAUCGGGCACAACAAAAUGUAAAGUUCGAAGAGUACAACAUACCAGCGAACACGAUGCUUUUGUUCAGCUUGGACAGCAUCAACAAUCAGCCGGACGUUUGGGGUGAUCCGGACACGUUCCGGCCCGAACGUUUCCUGGACGAGACGGGCAGUUUGGUGCUGUCGAACGAUCGGUCACUUCCAUUUAGUGCGGGCAAACGAGAGUGUCCCGGGCAGACCUAUACCCGCAACACAAUGUUUUUGAUCGUGGUUACCCUCAUGCAGCGAUUCGAUCUGUCCCCAAGGGAUGCUGCUCCUUUGCCGGAUAUUUCGAGACGGCGUACCGGGUUGGUGUACGGACCGGAUGAUUUUUGGAUACGAUUUGUACCGCGGCAAACCAAAAAGUCAAUAAACUUAUCAAACUAGACUGGUUUCACUCACCUUUCUCCGUGUUUGAGAA